AUGGAGCUGCCACAUGCUACAGAUUUGCCGGCACAACCAGACCUUGAUUCGUGGGCUGGCCACUGGGAUGCUGAGCCAGCGCCCAGACCUCCACCACUUCGAGAUGGAGUGCCAUUGAAGCUGAGUUACAGUGACCAUCGUUGGCCGGGUUGUGUGAUCACAGAGAACACCGCAAUCGAUGGUAGUGCCGGGCUUUUGAUGUGGUGGCGCCAUGUUGAGCCUGGGGAAGAUGAUCAGGACCUUCCUCAAGCCUCAGGCAAUCCAUGGCAUUGGGGAGGCUGUUGGAAUAUCUCGGAGAUUGUGGGCGUUCGCUACACCACCAUGUUUGGUGAUCCGGGCAGAGAAUUUCUGCAAAGUGGGGGCAGACGGACCGUGGCAUUGUCGCCGUGGGAUCUUACGGUGGACCGCGUGGGUUUGCUUGUGGUCAACCCGUUGAGCAUCACCUUUGCGUUGAGCGUGAUUCUUGUAUGGCAGCUGUACGAGAUUUUCCCACAGCAGAGCGGUUUGUACGAUAUGGGUCGUCCGGCCUACCAGCCUGCCCUUCGUAGCUCUAUCGGCACGGCCUUCGCGUGUGCCAUGAUAGCAGCCAUUGCUCUUUGGUGGCUGGGUCUUUUCAGCUACUGUGUUGGUACCAAGUACAAGGCAACGCACUUGAGUCCAAAGACGACUACAAGGUGGUGGUGGCAGAAAGGCUUCAGCGAGCUGACAUUAGAAGUUUUCAUUGGACUGUGUGUCGUUGCCAUCGUCAUGUGUAUGCUGACGGAGGUAUCUCAGGAGGGCGAGAGCUGCCAUGACAGGCUUUCUGAUGCCGGCAGACGACUGGCAACAACAUGCAUCAAGCAGGUGGGCGUCAAUCAGACGUGUGGGGUAAAUGGCUGCCAGUGUGGAAUCCUCUCAGAUCUUCUGUGUGACGAACCGCCCCUGCCAGCUCACAUCUGUGUCAAGGUCGCCCGGCCACUGUGCGCAGCAGCUGGCACAAAUGUGCCAACCAGUGGGAUGCAUGGCCAUCUCUUCAACAUUCUCCUCGCCAGCAUUGUGCUGUGUGUUUUCAACUUCCUGAAUUGGAUGGUGAAUGCAUGGGCAAUGCUGCUCCAUUGGAUGGGAUAUCAAAUGAGGAAUUCACAGGUGCUCAACACGCCUGUCAAGCCAGACGUCCAGUAUCACCGCUUCACUGUCAUGUUUGAAUCUCCAGCAGAGUCUUUGAUAUUUAACGUGGACAGCUCGGAGGAUCCGGAGGCCGUGGCGUGCAUGCUAGCUGGCUUCGAUGAUCCUUGA